UUGUAUUUUGACGUAUAAUAGCUAGCUACUUUUCUUUUUGUUUCAUUCUUGGUAGAAAACCAGCAAACGAGUGACUUUUCGGAGGAACUGUAUCUUGUCACCCUCCGUAUACUGGUGUCAUAGUUUUUAUCUUGAAGACAAUCAACACUGACACAUAUUCGUUGAACGAGUUAGACUAUGCAUAUUUAGUUCUAAUACAGGCUAGCUAGCUGGCUCUGGCUGGCACACAGUAAAGCAGUUGAAAGUGAAAUAGCUGGCUAACUUGGCUGCGAUGGAGGAAUUGAGCGCAGAUGAGAUUCGCAGAAGGCGAUUGGUUCGACUGGCAGGGGGACAGACAUCACAGCCCAGCACCCCUCUCAGCACACCCCUGACAUCCCCACAGAGAGAGACUCCACCUGGACCCCUCCAUGGACACUCAGGUGCCACACCCCAGCCCCUGCCACCAGCUGCCUCCCAAUCAUUGGGGCUCAUUGUCCACAGUGGUACCCCUGCCACAUCCCCUAUGGGCAACUCUGGGGUGGCAUAUGGUAGUCAGAGCAGUGAGGGUGUCAGCUCCCUCUCCAGCUCCCCCUCCAACAGCCUUGAGACUCAGUCCCAGAGUUUGUCCCGAUCACAGAGCAUGGACAUUGACACUGCCUCCUGUGAAAAGAGCAUGUCCCAGGUGGAUGUGGACUCAGGGAUAGAGAACAUGGAGGUGGAGGACAGCGAUCGCAGGGAGAAGAGGAACUUAACUGAAAAGGAAACCUCUGCAAACUCAGACGUCUCUGAAGAACAGGCUUUGCAGCUCAUUUGUAAGAUCCUCCGCGUAUCGUGGAAGGAGCAGGAUAGAGAUGUCAUCUUUCUCCCUUCACUGGCUGCAGAGUUCCACCAGAACUCUAAAGAUGCAUACUCCGACUUCAAAGACCUGAUCGGCCAGAUCCUGAUGGAAGUUUUAAUGAUGUCCACCCAGUCACGUGUCCACAACCCCUUCGCCAGUUUGACCGCCACCUCUCAGCCAAUUGCAGCAGCCAAAUCUCCCGACCACCGUCUGACGCUGGUGCAGCCCUCCAGCCUAGGUGGCAGUCCCAUGGGCCCCAGUGCAGGGUCCUUUGGAGCCAGCUCUCUGUCCAGUCUGUAUGGGUGUGGUAGUCCUCACCCAAUGGCUUUGGAUGCAGCCAAGAGGACUUCUCCAUCUCUUCCCACUCCUACUACAUCCUCUGUACCUUCCACACCCUCUACCCCACAAUUCAUUGUUCCACCCAGCCCAUCCGUUACUACCACGCCAAGACACUCCCUCAACCCUCCAUCUGCCCCCAUGCCCAUCUCCCAACGCUAUCGGCCUUACUCUGUCAACUCUCCCUGGGGGGUUCCUUCCCCAUCUAGCUCUGGUCAAAGAGGAUUUAGUUUCAUUGGACCCUCUCCUAACCCUGCAGGGCCCUCUGUUCCUCCCAACACCCCAGUCCCUGUGCCACCACCCAGCCCCCAAUCAAAUACCCAGCAGACCGCCUUUGGUUCCAGGAUCCCACCGUCUAGCCCCUUGUCCUUCCUGUUCUUUGCCCUGUCUGACAUGUCACAGGACAGCAGUGAUGAAGAUUCUGAGGAGGAGGAGGAUUUUGCACGGGUUCAGUUUGGGUCCAGUCUUGGUGCAUGUGGAGGGGGGAUGUCCUGCGAUUCAGCCAGCGACCGCUUCACCAUUGAGGCAUGCAAAGAGACAGAGAUGCUGAACUACCUCAUUGAGCGUUUUGACAGUGUUGGCAUGGAGGAGAGGAAAGCUCCCAAGAUGUGCAGCCAACCAAAUGUCAGCCAGCUUCUCAGCAACAUUCGCUCUCAGUGUAUUUCUCACGUUGCCCUGGUCCUCCAAGGCACCUUGACACAGCCUCGAAACCCUCUCCAGCAGUCUCUGCUGGUACCUUAUAUGCUGUGUCGGAACCUUCCAUACGGCUUUAUUCAGGAGCUGGCGCGCAUUACCCACCAGGAGGAGGAAGUGUUCAGACAGAUCUUCAUUCCCAUCCUUCAUGGGCUGGCUCUUGCAGUGAAAGAAUGUUCUUUUGACAGUGACAACUUUAAAUUCCCCCUCAUGGCAUUAGCUGAACUUUGUGAAAUCAAGUUUGGAAAGACUCACCCAGUGUGCAGUUUGGCAACAUCGCUGCCUCUGUGGUGUCCCAAACCACUGAGCCCUGGUUGUGGCAGAGAGAUCCAGAGACUGUCCUACCUGGGAGCCUUCUUCAGCCUCUCUGUGUUUGCUGAGGACGAUACCAAAGUGGGAGACAAGUAUUUCUCGGGCCCUGCUAUCACCAUGGAGAACACGCGAGUUGUCAGCCAAUCAUUGCAGCACUACCUGGAGUCAGCAAGGGGUGACCUGUUCAAAGUUCUCCACAACAUCCUACUAAAUGGAGAGACACGCGAGUUAGCUCUUAAUUACAUGGCAGCUUUAGUCAACUACAAUGUGAAGAAAGCCCAGAUGCAGACCGAUGACAAGCUGGUGUCUACAGACGGCUUCAUGCUCAACUUUUUAUGGGUGCUGCAACAGCUGAGCAUGAAGAUCAAGCUGGAGACAGUGGACCCUUAUUACAUUUUCCAUCCACGCUGUCGCCUUGCUGUCAGCCUAGAGGAAACGCGUCUAAAGGCCACCAUGGAGGAGCUGAAGAGCUGGCUGACUGAACUGCACGAAGACCCCACCAAGUUCUCAGAACCCAAGUUCCCCACCGAGUGCUUCUUCUUGACGCUGCACACCCACCAUUUGUCCAUCCUGCCUGGCUGCAGGCGCUACAUCCGCAGGUUGCGAGCCAUCCGUGAACUGAACAGGACUGUAGAGGAGCUGAAGAACAGUGAAAGCCAAUGGAAAGAUUCUCCUCUGGCCAGUCGACACAGAGAGAUGCUCAAGCGAUGCAAAACCCAGCUCAAGAAACUGGUGCGAGCCAAAGCUUGUGCUGACGUGGGCCUUCUGGAUGAGAACCUGCUCCGCCGAUGUCUGCAGUUCUACAGCACAGUAAUUCAGCUCAUUCUCCGCAUAGUGGACCCUGCCUACCCCAACAUUACUCUGCCACUGAAUCCUGAGAUUCCCAAAAGCUUUGCUGCUCUCCCCGAGUUCUACAUUGAAGAUGUGGCCGAGUUUCUGCUUUUUGUUGUGCAGUAUUCUCCCCAGGUUUUAUAUGAGCCAUGUGUCCAGGACAUUGUCACCUUCUUGGUGGUGUUCAUCUGCAGCCAGAAUUACAUCAGGAACCCCUACCUUAUCGCCAAGUUAGUGGAGGUGCUGUUUGUCACCAACCCCGCUGUACAGCCUCGUACUCAGCGAUUUUCUGAAAUGAUGGAGAACCACCCGUUGUCUGUCAAACAGCUGGUCCCUGCACUCAUGAAGUUCUACACUGAUGUUGAGCAUACUGGCGCCACCAGCGAGUUCUAUGAUAAGUUCACUAUACGGUACCAUAUCAGCACUAUCUUCAAGAGUCUCUGGCAGAACAUUGCCCACCAUGGCACCUUCAUGGAGGAGUUCAACUCUGGCAAGCAGUUUGUGCGCUACAUCAACAUGCUGAUUAACGACACCACCUUCUUGUUAGACGAGAGCCUUGAGUCCCUGAAGCGUAUUCACGAAGUUCAGGAAGAGAUGAAGAAUAAGGAGCAGUGGGAGCAGCUCCCUAGGGAGCAGCAGCAGAGCCGCCAGUCCCAGCUGACUCAGGAUGAGCGGGUGUCCCGCUCCUAUCUGGCCCUGGCCACAGAGACGGUUGAAAUGUUCCACAUCCUAACCAAGCAGGUCCAGAAGCCUUUCCUCAGGCCUGAGCUGGGGCCUCGUUUAGCUGCCAUGCUGAACUUUAACCUCCAGCAGCUCUGUGGGCCUAAGUGUCGGGACCUUAAGGUGGAGAACCCCGAGAAGUAUGGCUUUGAGCCCAAGAAGCUCUUAGACCAGCUGACUGACAUCUACCUGCAACUAGACUGUGCCCGCUUUGCUAAAGCAAUUGCAGACGACCAGCGGUCGUACAGCCGUGAGCUCUUUGAGGAGGUGAUCUCAAAGAUGAGGAAGGCUGGAAUUAAGUCCUCCAUUGCCAUUGAAAAAUUCAAGCUGCUGUCGGAGAAGGUGGAAGAAAUAGUCGCCAAGAACUCCCAGUCUGAAAUGGACUACAGUGAUGCACCUGAUGAGUUCAAAGACCCUCUGAUGGACACACUGAUGACUGACCCAGUGAUGCUGCCUUCGGGGAACAUCAUGGACCGAUCUAUCAUCCUACGCCACCUGCUCAACUCCCCCACUGAUCCCUUCAAUAGGCAGCCACUCACAGAGAGCAUGCUGGAGUCAGUCCCUGAACUGAAGGAGAGGAUCCAUGCCUGGAUGAGAGAGAAACAGGGUGGGCGGCCUGUCUAAGGACCACAUGUCACCAACGUCCGGCCUGCUAACCAUCAUUAAGGGAUCUGUCCAAAUCGCCUGAAUUCAGUGUCACAACUACCAAUGACAACAAAAAACAUUUUAAAUGGAAAAAAAAGGAGACCUGAUUUGAUUUUUUUUUUCUUUUUUUUUUUUUUUUUAUUCGCAUUUACCCUUUUUGUCUCAAACCAUUAUCAUGGUUCUAAAAACAAAACAUAAUAAAGUUAAAACUUUUAAGUUUUUUCUCAUGAGUUUGUGUAUAUAUAUAUCAAAAUAUAUACAUAUAUUUAACAAGAGUUAGUUAAUGCAUUAUAAUGCUGCAAGAUUAAGUUUCCACCAACAGGUUUACCAGCGAGGUGCAAACACUCACUUCACUGAUCAUCUUCCUUUACUGUUCUCAUUUUGUUUUGUAAUACUGUGUAUGUUGGCUUCAUUGAAGACUUAUAAUUAUUUGAGGCAGGUGGGAGGGCAAUACAUUUGGGGGAGUCUGGGUGGGUGCUGAUAAAAUUGCUAGCCCUGAGUUUUCAUUAUGAAGACUGUGACAAUGAUGAACUUGAGUCCACAUAAUGUAUGCUGGUGUCCUAACACAUGCACAGUUUGUGCUUGUAGACGAAGUUCAGAACUGGGAAUAAUCAUUAAGGAUGUAGCUUAACGUAAACUAAUCCUAAAGUUAGCUUCCUUUCGAGUACAGUAGGAAGAUAAGCAGUGGUUUACCAAAAUACAGUAUAUUCAGUUGUUCCUUUUAGUCACAUUCUUCCUGCUCACUUCGAUAAACUGAAUUUACUUCUUGUGUGUGCAUGGCCUCAAGUUCAGAACCUCCUAAGCGCCUCAUGGACAAAUAACCCUCUUUUAGGCGAAGUGAAAGGACAAUGAGAGAAUGUAGCAUGACCACCAGAAACACCAUAGUAGGAGCACACCAUUAAAGUCUGUUCGUCAGAGCCACUGACAUCUCACCUCAACAUGGUCUCUUUCAAAUGGCACUGUACCUAACUUGACCUUGCUGACCUUAACUGUACAGGAAAUGAUUUCCUUUAACCACAUACCUGUUUUGGAAGCUAGGAUUUUGAACUGAAAUAAAUGAUGAU